GCGCCGUCAUUUUAUCUCCCACAAUGCAUUGCGCAGCUGUCAUGGCCGCUCACUGACGCUGUUUUUUGCCACAUGGGUGGACGUAAACAUUCUACAGCCAGUUGACAAACGCAGUUUCUGCUUAUUAACAGAGUAGCUCACCGCCGGAACCAGUUCGGAACCGUCCUGACCCUAAGCUAGCGGGCGCCGCCGGGAGCUCGAGGACCUGGGUCAUGUCGCUAGACGCGGAGAUCUGUGUCAUCAGAGGGUUUUUAACCUCCAGCGCUGAGGAGGAGUGGAACCAGAGCGCCGUGAGCGCGUCAGUUGCAGGUUCUCUGCUGCAGUCCUUGUUGGAAGGAGACUUUGAGGCGGUUCUGCUGAGCCCACAGGUGCAAGACCUGCUCACAGGAGACGGCUCCUACGAUGACGAGGACAUCGAGGCCUAUCUAGAGAGACGAGUGGUGCUGUAUCUGAGUGAUGACUCCAAUGGAGACCAGAAUAGCAGGGAGCUUGUGGUCAUGGCGCUGGCUGUGUCCUGCCUCCACAUGUUCGCUCAGAGUAACUGGACUGGCCCUCCGCUCUCCCUAAACCUCAGCAACCUGCUUCCUGCAGCCCGACUUUCCUCCCAGAAGUCGUUGGUGGAGGAGAUCCACUCCCACCUUCUCCUGGAUGGAGAGUCGGUGUACAGCCUGGUGGCCAAUCCGCUCCUGCUCCUGCUGGCCAGGGUCAUUCUCUGCAAGUGCUCCAUUAAGAUGGAGAGUCUGCAGUUGCUGCCCUGGUGGACGCUUCGCUACAUCAACCUCCACCAGCAAAUCCUGGAAGCACGUUCCCCACAGCUCCUGGACCUGGCCCACAGCUGCAUGGAGAAAGUGUUCAAACAUCAGUCUCUGCUGUCUGCUCAGAGGAAUCUUACUCUCCAGCUCCACCUGGAAUGUGCCUACCUCAGUCUGACCUACUACGAGUACCAACCAGCCAAGGAGCACAUCAGGAAAGCCCAGGAGCUCUCUGGACUCAGCACCAACAUGACAGGGGCUCUUGGGAAACGAACUCGUUUCCAACAGAAGUUCCUGGCUCAGCUCAUUCUGGAGGUCACAAAGAAUCAGGACGAUCCAGAUCAGACGGGUGAUGAGACCGCUCCCACUCCGCUCGCCUUUCUGCCAAAGGACUACCAUCUGGAUGAUGACACGGUGCUGGAUGAGGUCAGCUUAGCAGAACCUGAUCGAUACAAGCUGCCCGACCUAAGCGCUGAGGAGCAGGCCCUCAUCCUUGGCAUCUGCACUGAUUUUCAGAGAAACAACCCCGUACACAAGCUGACAGAAGAGGAACUGCUGGCCUUCACAUCUUGUUUGCUGUCCCAGCCCAAGUUCUGGGCCGUGGAGGUGACGGCCCUGUGCCUCCGGACCAAACUAGAGAGAGGACGAACUCGGUGUGUUGAAAGAGCGAUGAUGCAAACUCAGGCGAUCGUCGACCACUUUGAGGAUAAGUCUUGUCCCACAACUGAACGUCUCAAAGUCUUCUACUGCUGCCAGGCUCCGCCCAGAUGGACCGUCCAGAAACUGCUGGCCAGCCUGCUCAUAGACCUCGGCUGCACCAGUUCAGCUCUGCUGCUUUACGAGAAGCUGGAGCUUUGGGAGGAUGCAGUGAUCUGUUAUGAAAGACUUGGCCAGCAUGGAAGGGCUGAGGAGAUCGUACGUAGAGAGCUGGAGAAGAAGGAAACCCCUACUCUGUACUGUUUGUUGGGAGACAUCCUGAACGACCAUCAGUACUACGACCGGGCCUGGGAGCUGUCGGGCCGCCGCAGCGCCAGAGCCAUGCGGUCCAAAGCCCUGCUGCAUCUCCGGAACAAGGAGCUCCAGCGGUGCGUGGAGUGCUUUGAACAGUCGCUCAAAAUCAACACGAUGCAGCUCGGUGUGUGGUUUUCCCUCGGAUGUGCCUACUUCGCCCUGGAGGGCUAUGAGGGAGCUGCGAGGGCUUUCCAGAGGUGUGUCGGACUGGAGCCAGAUAAUGCAGAAGCGUGGAACAACCUCUCCACAGCCUACAUUCGCCUCCAGAUGAAGAACAAAGCCUUUCGGACCCUGCAGGAAGCCCUGAAGUGUAACUACGAGCACUGGCAGAUCUGGGAGAAUUUCAUCGUCGUCAGCACUGACAUUGGAGACUUUGCUGAGGCCAUCAAGGCGUACCACCGUCUGAUGGAUCUGAGGGAAAACUACAAAGACGUGCAGAUUCUGCAGAUCCUGGUCCGAGCGGUUGUUGAGAACCUGAAUGACAGCCAGGGGGUUACAGCAGGAGCACUGAGGCCCAAACUGAAGGAGCUGCUGGGUCGGGUCAGUUCCCGCCACAGCAGCGACGCCGAGAUAUGGCAGCAGUACGCGCUGUUGUAUGGUGACGGCUGCAGCGACAGUCCAGAGGACAAUGACAAGGCGCUGCAGUUCCUGACCAAAGCUCAUCGCUGCGAGCUUCAGGCUGGCAGUUGGGAGAAAGACCCCACUCUCUUCAGAGAGGUGAUCAAACGAGCCGUCCACAUGGGACAAGUGACCGUCAGCUGCAGUGAGAAGAAGAGUAAUCCGGCUGAAGCCCUGCAGAUGCUCUCCUCCAGCCGCCUCAGCCUCCGGAGUCUGGUCACCAAAGCCAAACAACUGCACACGGAUGCGGGCACCGGUCAGCUUCCCGCUGAGCUGCAGGAGGGCGUCGCCACCCUGGAGGUCCUCAUCGCCGAGCUGCAGAACCUGGGCGCCCUGCGGCGAGACCAAUCCCAGUGACGUCCCUCCAGACACGCCCCCGUCCGUCACAAAAGGAUAACUGUCAGAUUUGACAGAUUCAGAUCCAAAGGACUCGUUUUAGAAUCACAUUUUUAUACCUAAACACCCUUAAUGGAAAGAACAUUAAUUGUAAAACAUUGACGAAUAAAAUCUUAAAAUCUUUCUUGA